CUCUGCUUCCUGAAGUCGGUCAAAAAAAAAAUCUAUUCCCCUUUAUUCGUGCUCCUUCCACUGUGAUUCCGUUGCGAAUUAGCAACUCCGACUGGAUUCAUCGUCUUCCUCGGUCUACGUCAUCGGCGGCCGCGCACUGCCGCAGCGAAGCUUCGUUUCGCACUUCUUAAGUAGCAAUUGGCUUGCGGAAUUCAGGUCUCUAUAAAUUCUCAGGUUGAAAUGAGAAACGGAAUAUCGCUUUCUCUGGAAUUCUUUUGAUUGCGAACUGAAUUUAACAAGAUGCAAUCUGAUUAUGAUAUUAAUAAGCUGUUUCAAGAAGCUCAAACCCGAUGGUUGAAGCCAGCGGAAGUGCUCUUUAUACUACAGAAUAAUGAGAAGUACUUGCUUACUCAGGAGCCUCCUCACAAACCAACAAGUGGAUCUUUGUUGCUUUUUAACAAGAGGGUCACCCGGUUUUUCCGUAAAGAUGGUCAUAGUUGGCGUAAAAAGAGGGAUGGGAAAACUGUUGGGGAAGCACAUGAAAGACUUAAGGUUGGAAAUGUUGAAACUUUAAAUUGUUACUAUGCUCAUGGAGAGCAUAACCCCAACUUUCAGCGACGUAGCUAUUGGAUGCUGGAUACGGCACAUGAGCAUAUUGUUCUUGUUCACUAUAGAGAGAUAAAUGAGGGAAAGCCCAGUCCCGAAUCGAUUUCACAGUCACCAGGAUUAUCUUCUGCUGUUAGUCCGAGUUCAAACUCCCAUACUUCUCAAAAUCCAGGAUCUAACUCUGUAAUCAGUGACAUAUAUGAACCAUCUCAGAGUUUAUCGAGUCCUGGGUCUGUAGAAGUUAGCUCUAAUAUAGGUAUCAAGAACAAAGGGGUAGAUAACGCAGAAAAGCAUACCAGCUCAGCUGACAUUGAAGUUGGUCAAGCUUUAAGAAGGCUUGAGGAACAGUUAAGCUUGACUGAGGACACCAUCAAAGAUAUCAGUCCGUUCUCCAGCAAAGAUGAUGAUUUAGAGAUUCUGGAAUUUGGAAAGGAGAUCUUCAAGCAGGAACCACUGCAUGGACAAGAUUAUAUUCUACAAGAUCAACUUUAUACUGGGAUGGGAAACUAUCCAAAUAAUCUAAUGCUAUCUUCCGACAGAGGUUUGUUAGGUGAAAAUGGAGGAUAUUACCAAGCAAAUAGCAAUGACUAUGUAGAUGACCCUGAGGAAUCUCUAUACUGGAUGAAUGUCUUAGAAACAGGCAAGACUUCAUCCCAUGUUGAAUCACAGGGAAAGCUACAAUCUUCUUCAAUGAGGGGAGCAGCAGAGCAACAGGAGUUGUCUUAUUGGUCGAAUUAUGAUGCAUCCAACAUUCAAGAUUAUUUUAUGUUACAACCUCAAGAAGUUAGGAGUGCUGAUAUUCCUCCACAUUCUUCUGCAAUAGAAACUGUUGAAACCAACUCUGAUUACUAUACAAUGCUUUUCAACCAAGGCCAAAUAGGAAGUCCCCUUCCAGCAGAUUCAAAUGUAAUUAUUGCACAAAAGCAGAAAUUCACCAUUCAGGAAAUAUCCCCAGACUGGGGUUACUCCACUGACUCUACAAAGGUCAUUAUUGUUGGCUCUUUUCUAUGUGAUCCAUCAGCAUCAGUCUGGGCAUGCAUGUUUGGGGAGACUGAAGUUCCUGUCAAGAUCCUCCAGGAAGGUGUCAUCUGUUGUGAAGCUCCUCCUCACCGUCGUGGGAAGGUCAAUCUCUGCAUCACUUGUGGAAAUCAGGAGUCCUGUAGUGAAGUCAGGGAAUUUGAAUAUCGUGCUAAGACGAGUAGUUCUGACACAGAAGCCCCAAAGAGUACAGAAGAGCUCCUGAUACUUGUUCGAUGUGUGCAAAUGCUUCUUUCUGAUCUGCCACCUCAGAAAGGAGGAAGCACAGAAUCAGGAAUACAUCUUCUGAGGAAGUUGAAAGCUGAUGAUGAUUCAUGGAAUCAUGUGAUAGAGGAUCUUUUAGUUGGCAAUGGGAAUUCCUCUGGUACCAUUUAUUGGCUUCUACAAGAACUUCUAAAGGAUAAGCUGCAACAAUGGCUAUCUUCUAGAUCCAAGGAAGCAUGGAAUCAGCCAGGCUGUUCCUUGUCCAAGAAGGAGCAGGGAAUAAUACACAUGGCUGCUGGGUUGGGCUUUGAGUGGGCUUUAAAUGCAAUUCUAAGUCAUGGAGUCAGUAUAAAUUUCCGUGACAUUAAUGGAUGGACUGCUCUUCAUUGGGCUGCACGUUUUGGAAGGGAAAAAAUGGUAGCUGCCCUUGUAGCUUCUGGUGCUUCAGCUGGGGCAGUGACAGAUCCCCAUUCACAAGAUCCAAUUGGCAAAACUGCAGCAUCUAUUGCUGAAUCCAGUGGGCAUGUGGGACUUGCUGGUUAUCUCUCAGAGGUGGCACUAACUAGCCAUCUUUCUUCCCUUACACUGGAAGAAAGUGAGUUUUCUAAAGGCUCAGCAGAGAUGGCUGCAGAAUUGACUGUGAAGAGCAUCUCCAAGGGGGCCACUGCCUCCAUUGAGGAUCAACUUUCACUUAAAGAUACCCUUGCUGCAGUCAGGAAUGCAGCUCAAGCUGCUGCACGAAUACAAAAUGCUUUUCGUGCCCAUUCCUUCAGGAAACGACAACAGAUAGAAGCUGCUGUCGCUGCUGCAGCUCUGGAUGAGUAUGGUCUCUGUGCAGAUGACAUUCAAGAGCUUUCUGCCUUGUCAAGGCUAACCUAUGGAAAUGCUCGUCAUUACAACACAGCUGCUUUAUCUAUUCAGAAGAAAUAUCGAGGUUGGAAAGGUCGUAAAGAUUUUCUAGAACUUCGCCAGAAAGUUGUGAAGAUACAGGCUCAUGUAAGAGGUUACCAGGUGAGGAAGAAAUACAAGGUCAUUUGUUGGGCUGUUGGUAUUCUAGAUAAGGUCAUACUACGUUGGCGAAGGAAAGGAGUUGGUUUGCGAGGUUAUCGUCCUGAGACAGAACCAAUUGAUUCAAGUGAAGGUGAAGACGAGGACAUUCUCAAAGUAUUUCGCAGACAGAAAGUGGAUGGGGCUAUUGAUGAAUCUGUUUCCCGUGUGCUGAACAUGGUUGAUUCUCCAGAUGCACGUCAGCAAUAUCGUCGGAUGCUUGAAAAAUAUCGCCAAGCUAAGGCUGAACUUGCUGACACAAGUAAACCAGCAGUGUCAAUUUCUGUAGAUGAUAUAGCUAAUAUGGUGGAUGAUGAUUUCUUCUAAUUUCUGUGGAAGAUCCAGUUAAUCGUCUUAACAUUGCUCGGCAAAUAUGAAAUACCUGCUCGAUAAUUUUCUAGAUUUAGUUUGUACAUGAUGGCCUGCAUUUCCGAGAAAAAUUUAGUAAGUCUUUUUUUUUUUUUUUUAAUCCUGGUCUACCCAUAGUAAGUCUUUUGAUUUGUGCAUUUGCCAUACAAUUCUGCUGUAAAUGCAUUGCCUGUAGUUAUAACUAAUUGCUGUAAAUGGUUUCCGGUAGGUUUGAUUAAGCUUCAGUACCCAUUUAGGCAGUUUCUCUCUCUACAUCAGUCAUUUAUUGUUUGAGUUUUUUUCUUCAAUUAUCAGCCUCUAUUUUCCUCUGGUUUCUGUUUCAUUUUGAAAAGGGGGGCGACCUUUAGGGUCUCCUUUCAUCAAUUAUUAUAGUGGUAUGGUAUGCUGGUAUGGUACAGUCUAUAUUUAGUUGAAUUGUAUACAACUUUUUUUCUUUAUUACAAAAGGAAAAAGGGGUGGGAAGAAAUUUCUAUUUUCACUGAUUACUGAUCACUUAUUGAUUUGAAUGGAAAUAAUCACCUAAUUUUACAACAAAUGUGAUCAUGUCAUAUGUUAUCCAUGUUGGCAAGUAUUUCACUGGCUGAAGGUUGUUCGUGUAGAACUCUUUGGAUAAGAUUGAGUAGUUAUUUCCAUAAUGGUAGCGAAACCAUUUCCUUAUUGCGAGCUUACAGGAGUAUAAUUGGCAGCAUCAACAAAUUAAUUGGUUUGUUUCAGAUAUCACGCUACCGUUGGUUUUUUAGGAUGCUAUCGUAAAUCUCCACCAUGCUGCCAAGGUGUUAUAAAUACCUAAUUAUAAGAUCAAGCAAAGGAUCGACACGUCACACAGCAAACUCAGCACAAUUUCUCUUUAUACUCAGAUUCAUCUUAGUCCCUUUAGUUUAGUUUUAAUUCUACGCUUUAAUCUAGAUUAGUUUAGCAAUUCAGUUCUCUUUUUGUCAGAUUUGCAAUGGUGAGUU